ACACUGCGAGCGGCAGGGAAAACCUACAUGAUCUUCUUUGUGUUGGUGAUUUUCGUUGGAUCCUUCUACCUGGUUAAUCUGAUUCUGGCUGUGGUGGCCAUGGCCUAUGAGGAGCAGAACCAGGCGACGAUAGAGGAGGCAGAGCAGAAAGAGGCAGAGUUCAAAGCCAUGUUGGAGCAGAUCAAGAACCAGCAGGAGGAUGCACAGGUUAGUCCCUCCCUGGUGUUAGACUGGGUGUGGAGGCGUCUGUUUGUCUAUCUGUCUCUCUGUCUGUCUGAUUACUGGGUCUAUCUGUCUGUACACAUCUCACUCCCUUCACUUACAUUUUUUAACAUUUUAGUCAUUUAGCAGACGCUCUUAUCCAGAGCGACUUACAGUUAGUGAGUGCAUACAUUUUUCACACUUCUCCCCUGUCUUACCUGUUCUGUCUUGCCACCCUUCAGGAUGCCCAGGUUAGUCCCAGACUGGGUGUGGGUGUUGUCUGUCUGUCUGUCUGUCAGUCUGCCUGCCUGUCUUCUGAGAUUCUUCUGAGAUUCAUAAUUUUGCUUAAUCCACAAAAUUGUAGCUAAGGUUACUAACGCCAGAUAGCGCUAGUCAGCUGUACUUGCACCAAAAUCAGGUAAAUCUUAUCCUAAAAGCGUGUUCUCCAUCUGAUAAUGUAUUAGUGUACUCGUUUUCUCAUGCCUUUGUCUUGUCCUGCAGUAGACAUAGGAUAUAGCCUAGUGAGUAGCUCAUGCUCCAUGCUAAAACAUUAUUUUGCAAAUAUUCGAAUCAGCAAAAAGUGAUUCGAACCAGAAUAAACUAAAUCAGCCCUAGUCUGUCUGUCUGUCUGUCUGUCUGUCUGUCUGUCUGUCUGUCUGUCUGUCUGUCUGUCUGUCUGUCUGUCUGUCUGUCUGUCUGUCUGUCUGUCUGUCUGUCUGUCUGUCUGUCUGUCUGUCUGUCUGUCUGUCUGUCUCCCUUCAUUCCCUUCACUUUUCCCCUCUCUUACCUGUCCCCCACCUCCCCACCCCUCAGGCUGCUGCCAUGGCGACCUCGGCGGGCAUGGUGUCAGUGGGCGACGCGGUGGAGGGGGGUGAUGCAACGGAGGGCGGUGGUCACCUAUCACGUAGCUCCUCUGAGGCGUCCAAGCUCAGCUCCAAGAGCGCCAAGGAUCGACGCAACCGCAAGAAGAAGUCACGUCAGAAAGAGGAGGAGAAGAAAGAGAAGGGAGAGAAAGGCGAGAAGGUCGACCAUGAGAAGCAGGUUAAGUCCGAGUCGGACGAUGGCAGCAGGAGGAGCAUCUUCCAUUUCCCAGGCAACCGGCUGGGACGCAAGACGUCCAUCAUGAACCAG